AUGAGACGGAAAAGAGACCGACUGAGAAAACAGUUAGCUCGUGCCCGAGAAAGUCAGAUGGAAAAAGAGAUAAGACGAGAAAAGAACCGAAAAAGAAUGGCAGAGUUUCGAGCCCGUCACCGGUUAAAAAGUCAAAAGAUACAAAUCGAGAAUGAAUAUGAGGUUGUUAGUGCAGCUUCUUGGAAUCAGAUGUGGGAACAGCAAUGGACUUUGAAUGAGGUGACACCUACCAAUGAACAAAACAAUGCUUCAAAUUUAAGGACACAUCCUCCAGAAACUCCUUCAGUUUUAUUGCCAAAGGAACGUCGCACAUUUGUAGUACCCAACCAUUUGGAAUCAUUCAUGUCUAAUUUAUCUUCCCUUUGGAAAGCUGGGAGGCUUUGUGAUGCUUCCAUCAGUAAUGGAACAGCUGAUAUAAUGAUACACAAGAUGGUGUUAGCAGCUGUGUGCCCCAAAAUACUUACAGAAUUAUCCAAGACACCUUUGGAUAAAUUUCAGAAAGUAACAUUUCCAAGUACCGUUUCCAAAGAAGCACUCACUGCAUUUGCAGAGUACAUGUACAGUGGUGUCUUGGAUUUAGAUGAAACCAUUCUUGCUCAAUUGAAAAUCAUUGCCCAGCGGCUAGACAUGAAAGACUUUGAGCAGCUCUGUGAGAGCCAUCUUCAAACUCCACAGUUGAUGUCUGCAAGAAUGGGGUCAAGAGUCAGCAAUGAGUUACAGUCAGCUGCUGAUUUUGAAUCUGCUGUUGGCCUGCGAACUCAGGUCACGUUUCGAGAUGACAUGACUCCUAUCAUGAAGUUGGUACCAGUUGAUGGCCAUAAUAGUGAUACAUGGCCAAGCUCGACCUCGGACGUCUCAUUUCCUAUUGCAAGCACUACACCCAAUGAAAGGAUGCUGAAGGUCAAACAAGAACUUGCUGAUUCAACUACCAAUGACAAUAGUAAACCAUCAGUCAAGAAAGAACCGGUGACUUUAGAAGGCAAGGUUCUGAGUGAUUCUUCAGCUUGGGAAACUCUAGACUUACUACGUGAUCAGUCAACCCAGCCACAAGGAUCCCUGCCCCAUGUUGAAAGCCUCGUAUCCAUUUCUCCAUUAUGUGCCAAAAUGACAAAUCCUAAUCCUGCUGCAACCUCUUUAAAUUUUUCCACCCCAACAACAGCUGGUAGCUCCAGGCCUACAGCUCCAAACAUUAUCCAGCAUGGUAAUCCUCCAUCUUCAUCCUCUACCUCAAACACAUUGGCCAGCAUGACCUAUUCUCAAACUGAUAAUUCACAAGUAAAUUUGCUCAGUAGCUAUGCUUCACGAACCUUGGAGUCAGAGGCACCAUUAACGACAACAGCAGCUGCAAUAGCUUCCUUAACAUCUAACUCAGAGAGCGGCACUUCACAGACUCUACCUAUAAAGCUCCCAUCCCCUCUGUCAUUUUACAAUAUUACAUAA